AUGCCGGACACAACGCUUUACGGCAUCGUGGGUCUCAUGGUAGUGGCGGGCGUCCUGUACCUAUCCUACAGCCGCCGAACAGCUCCGUCUUUCCCUUUGGCGGAUAGAAGCCGUCGAACACCUGUUGAAACUGCCGGCACUCCACCACGUUCGUUGACACCUAACCUUGCUUCCGAGAAGGGUGCCAGAAUUGAGGAUAUCGCCAGACCUGAGGAUGUUUCAGGGUAUUCCCUUCCCCAACCCAAUGCCCCGAUACCGAAUAGGAGGAAACCCUCUAUCACGGCUCUUGUGACCAAUCUUUUACCGACAUCACGGCGUAGCUCUGUAGCUUCGCCCUUCACGAGUACUACGACUGAUAGUGAAGGAGGUGCCUUUCCGCCUGUCGUUAACCGCUCUAAGGAAGAGAUUGAGAGCUACGGCGACUUCCCGGAUUAUGCUGCUUUGACCGGGGUCAGACUGCCGGCCCCUUAUAUGGAGUUUGAUAUCAAAAAGGCACUGCCGAGACCUUACCGACCAUUCCGCUGGGCGUAUCAUCAGACUAUGUCACUAACGAAAAUGGAACCUGACUGGUGGCUCGAGCUGGAAAAUACCUAUGUGGAUCGGAUUGCCCAACGAAAAUCACUCUACGCCCAACACGGAAAGCAGGUCCUCGAUUACCUCCCUGGCACCGAAGCUGCUUGCAAGGAGCUAAUGGAAAUGUGUUUGGAAUUUCUGGUCGCUCGGUACCCCCACUACUUUACCCUUAAGGAUCGCCACACAAACCCUGUUUUCGGGAAUAAGAUACUCGAUAAAGAAUUCCGCAUCAAGGGGAUGCAUCCACUGCAUGUUAUUCUUGAGAAUAUACCCGAAGAUUUCGCGAUUACCUUGCAGGAUGACCAGGGGUUCUAUUCAUUCAGGGCGGGAGUUAUUUGCAGUAGCCUUGGGUGGAACGUUGGGACUAAAAUUGGAAUGAAGUUGCACGAGAUUCACAAGCCGAUCCCAGAUUACAAGGAGAAGAUGCAAAAGUCGAUGGACCGAUACUUUACGAAAAUGCAAACCAACAAGCCCAUCCAACGCGGCUCCUGGGGCCUAGAAGUCGGACAACCACUUUUCAUGCCCCCCGGUGACCCCCAUGAGGCUUACCGCUCAGCCCAGUCUCCAUCGCUUACACUCGACGAUGUGAAUCUCCGCGUGGACUGGCAAACACUCCGUCGUCUCCCGCUGUCGGGCGCUAUUGUAUUCAAUUUCAAGGCGCUAUUCACACCAAUUCAAGAAUUCAGAGACGAGCCGGGAGUUCCCCAGUUGGUUUUGAAGGUCCUCAAAGAAGGCAAGAAGAACCUGAUGGAGUACAAGAACACGUGGCAUGUCGAGCACGUUGCACUUCCCGCGUUGGAGAAGUGGUCCAAAGAGCAGACAGAAGAGGGAUUGAUGCCGGAAGGAUGGGAAGUUUCGACGUUGGGGGAGAGUCCAUGGUUUAGGGGAUGGAGGGAGAAGUGGCAUCGGCAGCAGGGAUUCUAG